GGGCACAGCCCAAGAAGUUUACUUCCUGUUGUCUCCAGAAGCAGUGAGGUGUGUAUUCACUGCAGAAGAGUUUGGACUUCAGUUUGUUUCAUCCAGAGGAACAUCUGACAUAAGAAACAAAAUCAGGAAGCAGAAAUCUAUGAGAUUAUGGAGGCGAGUUUGGAUUAUCUCCCUGAUGUGCAGAAGUUGCACAAGGAGGUCAUGAGGAAUGGUGUGACGAAGUCCACCCAGGUCAGCUCCCUUUUAGGUGGCCAGUCAAUCAAAGAUGUGAUUUUAAACAAAUGCUACAUUCCCCUUUCAGUCAGCAUAGACAAUAGAGGCUGUCUGACGAACAAUGUCAAAAAGUUGGAAAGUGUGAUUUCACAGGAGUUUGGAGCAGGCACUGAGGGUGGGAAGUUGCUCCUGUGUGGAGGACCCGGGAUGGGCAAGACCACAGCGGUGGAACAGCUCAUUUGGGACUGGGCCUCUGGAAGCCAUCUUCAGUGCUACACGUUUAUCCUGCGAUUGUGUUCGAGUGUGCUGCGUGGAUCUGAACAGAGUCUGCAUAGCACGCUUCUCAGCACACACAUGCAUAUCUCUGAUGAGCAUCUUGAGAUAAUCUUGAAGACGCCUCACACAAUACUUUUAGUGUUAGACGACGUCCAGAACCUUCUAUCUAAUUCUCCUGAAUCCGGUAAGCUGGUGUGUGACCCACGUCAGCCAGCAGGGGGUACCAUGUUGGUGCGCAGUUUACUAGAGGGGUCUUUGCUGCCCGGUGUGUCGUUACUGCUCACCUCCAGAGAAGCUGUCAAGCUGGAAUCUGUGCGUUUUGCUCACCUGAUGGGUUUCUCCAGCUCCCAAAGGAAAGCAUUCUUCCAACGCUUCUUUGACAACAAGGAAAAAGGAGAGCAGAUUCUCCAUCACUGCGAGCAAGCUGUGGGCGUGGAGGAGAUUUGUGCUUGUCCUGGAUUUUGCUGGACACUGUGCUGUGUGUGCAAAGAGCGACUGGAGCAUCAAAAUUGUGUCCCGGAGACACUGAGCGAGCUCCACUGCAUGAUCACACACUCUCUACUGCAGGAGCAUAAGGUGAGCGUGGAGACAGCAAAGGAGCUGAUUUACGGUUUGGGGAAACUCGCAGAACAGUGCACAUCUGUCACCUGCACACACUCUGACAUCAUCAAAUGUGACCUUCAACCCUUCCUGGGCUCCCAGAUCCUGUCUGCUAUCCUGCGCCUCAACGCUGAUGAUGCCACUUCCCCUGAUGCUACGUUCUCCUUCCCGUCUCCGACAUUCAAAGACUUCUUAAGGGCGGCCUCCUUUUACCUUGACCAUGAUGAUGGCAAGAUCCUAGAAAGUCCCCUGGAAAUCCACAACUACCAUUUUUUUCUUGCUGGGCUUUCAGACCCUAUGCAGAGGAAGCUUCUGGAAGCCUCCACAGGCCGCUUCGGCAGCGGCCGUCUCUCCGAGUUCCACCGCUGGCUCAUGAGUACGGUUGCAGAAGUGCUACCAGGCAUAGACAAGAUAAAUCACUGGCAUGUUUUGCGUAUCCUCUACCACACACUCAGCCCCACACUGGUCAGGGAGAGCGUGCGCUCGUGCGAGUGGAGGAUGCGCAGCUAUGAUGGCAUGCAGGAAGCAGACUGUGCAGCGCUGGCGUUUGUGGUGCGAUGUUUAGGAGAACUGCAGUACCUGAACCUGUACAGGAGCUCCCUGACAGAGGAGCAGGCAGAGAAGCUCAUGACUGUCUUCCGCUUGGCCAAAACCAUCGACUUGACUCAAAGUACAGUGAGUGUGGGUGUGAUCAGACAUUUUGCUCGGGCGCUGAAAGACGGACGAGCCACCGAUGUCAACCUGACCCACUGCAAACUGGGAGACGAAGCAAUAAAGAUCCUGUGUUCCUCCAUCCCACACUCCAGCCUGCAUACACUCAACCUGUGGGACUGCCGCCUGACACCGGCGUGUAGUGAAGCGCUCGCUGAGAUGUUGUCCACUUCUAAGCUGUGUGUGUUGAACCUGGGAGCUAACGAGAUAAACGAUGAAGGACUCAAUCGACUCAUCGGUGCACUCGGGACGUCCACGUGCACGCUGCAGGAUCUUUGGUUCUCUCUCUCUUUUUUUUUUUUUACAUGCACACAAUCACAAAUAAGCUGUCAUUUUUAUUUACAAUUUUCUGUUUGGUUUUUUUUUUUCCACAUGUACAUUAAGUCAGGUUGUCUGUCCCUGUGUGUGUGUGUGUGUGUGUGUGUGCUUGCAUUCUACAGUUUGGAUCUCUGUCCUUUGACUGGAUCAUGCUUGGCUGCACUGUCGUCUGCCCUGACAUCUUCUCUCUCUGAGCUGAGGAAACUGGUCCUGAGUAGGAACAGCCUGGAUGAUGACACUCUGGAACAUCUCUCACAAGCGCUACAAAGUGGCCGCUGCAAACUCAAGAAUCUGAGUUUAUAUUCUUGUGAGCUGACCGGUUCCUGCUGCCCGUCCCUAGCAGCCGCACUUCAGUCAGAACACUGCUCUCUGACCAAGCUGGACCUAUCCGUGAACCCGCUCGACGAAUCAAACGCGCUCCUCAUCUGUGAUGCCCUGAAAUCCCCCAAUUGUUCACUGGAGAAGUUAGGUAUGAAUGCGUGUGAGCUGACGGAGCCGGUGUUCAGCGCACUGGGCAGUGUGUUGAUGUGUGGAGCGUCCAGGCUGAAGAAACUUCUCAUCGGAAUAAACAGAGUAGGGGACGCUGCAGUCAAACACAUCUGGAAGGCCCUGAAACACCCUCACUGCCAGCUGCAACAUCUCGAUCUUGAGAUGGUGGCUCUGACGGAUGCCAGUGUCAACGAGCUGUGUGAAGCCGUCAUGGCUUGUGGCUCCUUAACGAGCCUGAUUCUGAAGAACAACAACCUCACUGACAUUUCUGUUCCCCGAUUGGUCAAGCUCGUUCAAGACCGUCCAGGCUUGGAACUGAAUGUGCAGUAUAAUGACUUCAGCGAGGAUGUAUUUGAGCUGAUGGACGCCUACGAAACAAUACAAUAUUAACACAACAUGUGCUUUCACGCAGCAAGAAGAAGCUUAUAGACUGAAAAGUGGUUGAAUAUACGUGUGUUAUUAAUGCCUCAUUUACUGGGAAUUCAGUACUAAUGCACUCUGUGUGGUUUAAUGUGUCCACUAAACCAGAGGCAGGUUUACUGAUUUUGGCAUAAAAAUGGGUAAGGGCUGUCUGUAUGAUACGAAACAUAAGUGUAUUUAAAAACUAAGCACAGUAUUCUCAGUGUAUUACAUUGCGUUAUACACCAUUACAUUUGAUCAUAUAAUAGUUGCUUGCUAAGAACCGAAGUGAAUUUGUUUAUUAGCGGGCUAUAAUGUGUGUUUUUUUUUUUUUUUUUUAUUAGAGACCCUAUGCUGUCUACACUCAUGCGAAAGUUCCCUAAAGUUCUUAUUUGUAUUAGCAUUACUUUGUCUUUCUGUGUUUUACAAAAUAAGUAUGAACUCUA